GCAUCCAUCACUAGAGCCACGCUGGACCUAGGCUGAGAAGAGAGUGAAGGAAGAGCAGUCUGGAAAUUCUUUUCAACUUCUGAAUUCGUCUCAUAUCUCUUUCUACGAGGACACCAAAUAGAGUCUUGAUUUAUCGACGCAACAUUCUUGAGUGUUUCAACGUUGAAGAAAGCGUACAACCAGCAACAUGUGUACAGGAAAGUGCUCUAAGUUCAUUGCGAUCCCGCUCUAUGUCCUGGCGGGGGUCUCAAUCAUCUGUAACAUCAUUGCGUUCUUCCCUGGCUGGUCGACGAAGUACGCUCAGGAAGACAGAGAUGGGAAUGGAGACCGGAUCACAGAUGAGGUUAAAUAUAUGGGAGGGUUCAUCGGCGGCGGACUCAUGUGCCUUAUCCCAGCCAUCCACAUCCACCUGACCAGCAGUAAUGGUUGCUGUGCCAACCGCUGUGGGAUGUUUCUGUCCAUUGGGUUUGCUGCUGCUGGGGUUGUUGGAGCUCUGUACAGUUUGGCUACGGCUGCCCUGGUCCUGGCCAACGGGCCUGUCUGCUUAUUCAAGGCUCCAGGUGACAAAGAUGCAAGUUGGGGGAGGCCCUUCUUCGACAACAACGGCAGCUACCUGGGUGACAGUGAACUCUGGAAGACUUGUGAAGAGCCAGAGAAUGUUGUGGAGUUUAAUAUCGGCCUGUUCGCCACUCUACUUGUGGCUGCUAGUGUGGAGCUGGUGCUGUGUGUAAUACAGAUGGUCAACGGACUGUUCGGAUGCAUCUGUGGUACCUGUGGCGGAAAGGAGUAGGAAGCGUGAUGAUCAAUGAUGACCAUCGACUGUGACCAUUUUUCAACCACGACCACUUGAGGACCGUAAAGAACUGACAGCAACAACCCUUUUACUCUCCUUCGUCAAGAGGAAUGAAUGGUUAUUUGAAGAGUGAUUAUAUUGACUUUAUCUUUGCUCUGGGGCCUAGAGUAUUUAUGAUAUACACAUCAGUGACUGUAAUAUGUAGCUUAUAGUCAUGUUUAUAUUGGUAUGACAUUUGCAUCUUCUGUAAAUUGUGUUUCUCAUGUUUUAAUUUAAUUCUAUGCAGAUUUUAAUUUGUUUCAUUUUGUAAUAAAGGCUGAAAAAUGUUUCUUCAA